CGGUGAGCUUCAAAGGUACGUCCGUUUCAUCCUUUGAUCUCGGUUGCCCUAGAAGUUGGGAUCUGUUCAUAGUUCGGAAUAUUUGAUCUUUCUCUGUUUUUCUUCGUUCUCGGAUUGAUCGUAACGGCUGUUGCGUUUCAUUUCUUUGUUAUUGAUAAAUUGGGUUGAACAAUCCGUUUGCCAACUGUAAUACAGUGAACAUUUGUCGGUGUUUCUCUCUCUGUUUUAGGGUAGUGUUUUAGCGUUAUUAUAACGAAAUUCAAUGCUGACGGAGGAAUUCUUUCUAUUUCUAUAAUAAAUUGAAUAGCUCUAAGGUUACCGAUCGUCCGCUGGUUGUUGUUGGUUGAGUUGCUUGAUCUUUGUUACUCGGAAUCCAGAACAGCGGGUUUUCCAUGCCGUGUCGGUUUCAUCUUCCAGGCGUAGGGGGUUAGCUGGGGAUCUGGUGUUUUGGGUUGGGUGGAGAGGUGGGAGGUUAGGAACAUGACUGAUUUCCAACCACGGCAACAGAAGCAGGAAAGUAAUGAUGCCCGUGCUGAGUUCCAUCUGGGAUUGGAGGAGUUGAUGCGGGGUCGUUUGGAUGAUUGUAUGUCCUUGGCUUCCUGUAGCUCUACUCGCGAUCAGGAAGAUGAUGGCGAAGAGGGCGAUCAGCUAGUGCGACGGAGGAGACGUUCCGAUCUCGAAGGGGAUGACCUGGCUGAGUCUUCUGCUGCUCGAAGGCGACAUUCUCGGAUUUUGAGUAGGUGGGCUGCGCGGCAGGCCCAGGAGAUGAUUACCACAAUUGAGAGGAGAAAUCGUGAAUCCGAACUCAUGGCUCUUGCGGGUUUGCAUACUGUCUCUACGCUUGAUGCUUCGUUCCUGAGAGAGUCACACUCUCCGACUUCCAGAAGACAGGGGGUUGUUGAGAGGCCAAGAACCCAGGCAUCCUCUCUCCUGCAAAUGUGGCGGGAGCUGGAAGAUGAGCAUAUGCUCCAUCGUGCCCGAGAAAGUGUGAGGGAAAGGUUGAGUCAACAGAGGAGCAUUGACUCUAAUACCAACCUCUCUGGCACUAUCAUGUCUGAAAGCCGAGAGAGUGAGCCCCGAGGUAGUUCAGAGGAUGCUAGUGAGAGCGAGAAUGAGUAUGGAGCAUGGACCCAAGGGCAAAUGGAGUCACAGAAUGAACAUGAGGACCACAACAAUUCUAGCCGUGAGCAGUCUCCUGAUUUGGGAGAAAUUGAAAGGGAAAGGGUGAGACAAAUUGCUCGGGGAUGGAUGGAUAGUGGGGUUAGUGACCAUGCAUCUAGUGUUUCCCGGAGGAAUAACAGCCCAAGGGCAGAAUGGCUUGGUGAAACCGAACGUGAAAGGGUUAGGCUUGUCCGGGAGUGGGUCCAAUUGACAAGUCAGCAGAGAGGUGGCCGGGGUGGCAGAAGGGAAGAACAAGCUAUGGGACUGGGUGCUCAGAAUGACCAGGUUCGUGAUGGAUUGGGGGUUGACCAUGAUGAAGGCCAACCUGAGCAUAUCCGACGGGAUAUGCUGAGAUUUCGUGGAAGACAGGCUCUCAUCGAUUUGCUCAUGAGGGUUGAGAGGGAGAGGCAAAGGGAACUGCAGGGGUUGUUAGAGCAUCGGGCUGUUUCAGACUUUGCUCACCGCAACCGAAUUCAGUCACUACUGAGGGGUAGAUUCUUACGAAAUGAAAGACCUAUUGAGGAUGAGAGGCCACCUUCAAUGGCGGCUAGGGAAUUAGGUCAGUUAAGGCAGCGCCACACUGUAUCCGGUUUAAGGGAUGGAUUUCGCUCCAGGUUAGAAAAUAUUGUUCGUGGUCAAGUAACCAGUCAUUCUGAUACACUAUCUAACAACAGUACCAACCCUCCUAGAAAUGAACAAACUCAGUCAAGGACUUCACAUGAGGUGGCAAAUGAAAACCAUGAGCAAUCUCAACCGAGGAGUCAGGAAGGUGACAUUCGCCAUUUGCCAGAGCAAACAGGAGGCUUACAGAAUGAUGCAGCUCUUGAAGGUACAAAUUGGCGGGAGCCAAAUAGUCAAGGGGAUUGGCUGGAACAAGUUACAGAAAAUGAGAGAAGAGGCUUGCUACAGUCUGCUGAAGGUGAGCUUAAUCAGUGGCAGGAUGUUAAUGGAGAUGAAAUGGAUGGAAACUGGCAUGAGAAUACUGCUAGGGACUGGACCCAGGAAACUUCAGUGAAUGAAGGUGGAGAAGAUAGCCAUCUAACAGAAACUAAUGGGGAAUGGCAUGAGGAUGGCUCUCAGGAGGCUGUGCAAAGUUGGGCAGAGGGGCCUUCUGAUCCUCCAAGAACUCGGCGAGCUAUUCCUGUUAGACGGAUCAAUAGAUUCCAUCCACCUGAUGAUGACAAUGUGUACAGCAUGGAACUGAGAGAACUCCUAAGCAGGAGAAGUGUAUCCAAUCUUCUUCGAAGUGGGUUCCGUGAGAGCCUGGACCAGUUGAUACAGUCUUACGUAGAAAGACAAGGUCGUGCUCCCAUUGACUGGGAUCUGCAUCGAACCUUGCCCACUCCUAACUCACCAGAACAAGAUCAGGAGCAGCAGAGAGAUCAGAAUGAGGGUCAGGCAGAUAUUGUUGGUAGACCUCCACUUGCGAUGCCUUCUCCACCAGUUCCCCCACCACAGCCACUUUGGCAGCAGGAUAUUCAUCAUGCAAACUGGCCUCGCCACAGCGUGCAUCGUUCAGAAAUUGAGUGGGAUACUAUUAAUGAUUUGAGAGCUGACAUGGCUAGGCUUCAGCAAGGGAUGAGCCACAUGCAGAGGAUGUUGGAAGCCUGCAUGGAUAUGCAAUUGGAGUUGCAGCGCUCAGUUAGACAGGAGGUUGCUGCUGCUUUGAAUCGGUCUGCUGGUGAAGAGGUGGGUGUUGAAUCAUCAGACGGAUCAAAAUGGGGUCAUGUGAGGAAGGGUACUUGUUGUGUUUGUUGUGAUAAUCAUAUUGAUUCUCUAUUGUACAGAUGUGGUCAUAUGUGUACUUGUUCAAAAUGUGCAAAUGAGUUGGUUCGAGGUGGAGGGAAGUGUCCAUUGUGCCGGGCGCCGAUUGUUGAGGUGAUUCGAGCUUACUCCUUACUGUAAAAAGAAAAAGAGGGAACGAG